UUCUCUCGCCAGCAUUUUUCUGGCGACUAUAACGUUUAAAAUUUUUUUUAAAAAAAAUAAAAUUUACUUCAUUUGAUUAAUAAUCUGAAUUAUAUUUAAAGUUUGUCCAACUAAAAAAGACUAAACUCAUAGAAUCUGAAUUAUAAUCUGAAUUAUAUUUAAAAUUUGGCCAACAGACCAAAUCACGACUUUGUGGCUGUCCAAUAAUAAAAUGAAAAACACCAACCGACCAAAUGACCAAAGUCAGGACUUUGUGGAGUCCUCCACUAAUAAAAAAAGCUGAUUUCAAUUAACCAUCGCCAAUUGAAAUUAGAGUCGUCCUCCACUAUUAAGUCCUCCUAAUGAGUUGCCGAUCAGCCCUCAAGACUUCUGUUUUCUCCAUUUAAAGUUUCGUUUUUUGAGAGCUCUGAGCUUCUUCAUGGAGUUGUUCCAUUUCAAGUUCGUUGUCUCCCUCCUCAUUCUUCUCUUUUUGGAGAUUUUCCUGAUCAACUGCAAUGCUGCCAGCCAAUGCCUUGAAGCGGAGAACUCAGCACUUCUCCAGCUAAAGAAAGGUUUUACCACUGCACUGUUAGAGUCAUGGCAGCCAGGAACGAACUGCUGCAUCUGGGAGGGUGUGGCAUGUGAUGAAUAUGGAAGGAUCAUUGGGCUCAAACUAAGUGUUGUACUCAUUAGCGGUGGUACAAUUGAUUCAAGUCUCUUCAAUCUCACAUCUUUAGAAUCUCUCAGUUUGGCCCAAAGUAACUUCCAUGGAAUUCCCAUUCCGGACUCUGGGUGGGAUAGGCUUGUAAAUCUUUCAAGCCUUGAUCUUUCUAAUGCUGAAUUUGCUGGGAGUGUUCCUGCUAGUAUCUCUCGCUUAAAAAAAUUGACUUUCCUCGACCUCUCCAGCAAUUCUCUAGCUAUUAAUCCGAUGAUUUUGCAAAACAUGACCAGUCUAAAGGAGCUUAUUCUUGACUAUGUAAAUGUUUUAUCAUAUCGGGAUGAAUGGUGUGGUGUUCUGGUCAAUUCCACUCCUAUACUUGAGCUGUUGAGCAUGCGUAGUUGCUCCCUCUUCGGUGCCAUUUGUUCCUCUCUACACAUGCUCCCUUUUUUAUCCAUUAUCAGAUUUAAUAAUAAUAAUUUGGACUCUAACAUCCCUGUUUCAUUUGGCAAUUUUUCUUCUUUAUCUGAGCUUUGCCUUGUAGGAAAUAAUUUCAAAGGGUUUUUUCCCUAUCAAAUCUUUGAACUGAGAAAUUUGAAAUAUCUUGACAUCUCACAUAAUCCGACGCUUUCCGGUUAUAUUCCUGAAUUUUCAAAGUACAAUAAUUUAAAAACUUUGUGGGUUUUUAAUACCAAUUUCUCAGGGAAUUUACCUAAUUCGAUAGGCAACCUCAAGUUUUUAACAAAUUUAGAUCUCUCAAGUUGUAAAUUCAAUGGUACAAUCCCAUCUUCCUUUAGAAAUCUAUCAGAGCUCGUGUACUUGGAUCUAUCAUAUAACAAUUUCAAUGGAGUUGUGGGGUUGGAGUUCAUUGAUGGUCUCAAGAAUCUCUCGACAUUGGACAUUUCAAAUAGUGGAUUUUCUUUAACUCAGCUUGAUGCAAAUAUUGGAUCUUCCUCAUCUUCAUUUCCUAAGAUGUCAAUUUUGAAACUAGUUGGUUGCAAUCUAACUAAGAUCCCUACAUUCAUAAAAUAUCAAGAUCAGAUGACCAACCUGGACCUCUCAAAUAAUAUAAUUUGUGGUAAAAUACCGAGUUGGCUAGGUAGAAUAGUUGAUUUUAAACAAUUCACAUCUUUAAUCCCCUCCAACACCACUUCACAAUCUCGUUUAUCUUUCCUUUCUCUUGCAAAUAAUAACUUGACUGGAGAAAUCCCACCAUUCAUAUGCAACUUAACUAAACUCACGAUUCUUAUUUUAUCUAAUAACAAGCUAACAGGUACUAUUCCACCAUGUUUGCUAGAAGAUGGAAUCAAUCUCCUUGUGUUAAAUCUAAGAGGAAAUCAACUUCAUGGAGCCAUACCUCAUAGAAUUAGUCCAAAAUGUGUGUUGCGAAUCAUAAUUCUCAGAGACAACAAAUUAGAGGGAUAUCUUCCUAAGUCUCUAUCUAAUUGCCGAUCACUUGAAAUCUUGGACUUGGGGAACAAUAACUUGAAGGACAAAUUUCCUUAUUGGUUAGGAAAUUUAUCUCUUCUAAGAAUCCUUAAUCUAAGAUCUAAUAAGUUCUAUGGGUUAAUUGGGCCUCCUGAUGGAAGCCAUGAAACAAAUUAUGAUUUUCCUAUGAUGCAUGUAUUUGACAUCUCAGCUAACAACUUUAGUGGAAAUUUAUCUGCAAAGUGCUUCAGCAGUUUUAAGUCAAUGAUCACAAAUGAAUUAGGGGGAGAUGUCUAUAAAUUCAUUACUUUAAACAACGGGAUGUUUGUAUAUGUGAUCACCAAGAAGAACAAGGGGCAACUAAAGAUUCUUCAAAAUUAUCAUGAUACAUUUAUUAUGUCCAUAGAUUUUUCCAACAACCACUUUGAAGGAGAGAUCCCUUCAAUUAUUGGGCAAUAUGUUUAUCUCCAACUACUAAACAUGUCACAAAAUUAUUUGACUGGUGAAAUUCCUCCAAAAUUAGGAAAUUUGGUACAACUCGAGUCAUUAGAUCUUUCAAGGAAUAAACUUUAUGGUAAAAUUCCACAAGAAUUUGUUUCAUUACAUUUCUUGUCAUAUUUAAACCUCUCCUACAACAAGUUGGUUGGAACAAUUCCUCAAGGAGGUCAAUUAUGUACUUUCACAAACACUUCAUUUGAAGGAAAUGAUGGACUACAUUGGUUUUCUUGUUUCAACAAUUUAGUUCUAGCAGUAAACAAUACAACCACAUCACCUCCAAGUUUGUGUGGCACAUCUCCAAAUAAUAGAAGUUACAUGAUUGUAUUAGGAACAUUAUUUGGUGUGGGAUUUGGGGGGUCAAUGGCAACUGUUCUGGUGCUCGAUGUCAUGUUCUAUAACAAAGCAAAGAGGAGAAGCAGGAGAACUAGCCAUGGAUAACAUGAAACACUAGGGUUCUUUAAGUUCUCCCCAUUUCUGAACGAUCAACCAAAAGCUGACUAAUUGUAUAUUGCUAAAAGAGAAGAUUGUUAAAAUGGUUUUAAAGAUACAGAAGGCCAAGGGAAAGCAAGCUACGAAGAGCUUGGUUGGAGAAGUAAAAUGGGGAGU